UUUAAUAGCAUAAAGCGCGGUCUUUAGCGGUUGACAGUGUCACAGUGAGCCUGUAAAUAUAAGUUACCAAUGGCGACCAUGAAUUUGUUUAUGUCAUCGUAAUAAACAUCGUUGCCCAGCCACCGAAAGUGCUUAUAAUUUGUAUCUGYCGACUGCCAUUUUUUAGAGAAUCGGUAUUUUUAUUAUAAUCAUAGUACGAUUAUUUGCCAACUUGCCAUCACCGAGGUUCGUCAUUAGUUGUCAAUUUACGUUUUUCGAUUCGAAUUUUCACUUAAUCGCCGCGUUGUCGUGUCGCGCCGAAUAAAAAAAGUCACCAGUGCGCAAAACAUGUGUUAGUUUGUUGUUAUCGCCGAUUGUUAUCUCCGCCGUGUCCUACUGUCCUAGUGAUCGACGAAACUGACCUCUCAAGCUACUACGCAAAGUACGAUAAAAGUGACCCGAAAAUUUAUAUUUAUGCUGUCGGGACUUGGAACCAGACGAAAGCUGCACUGACCUCGCCUUUUCUUUCGGGCCCCCUCCAUCGUUUCUGCACUGGCAAGUCAAAGGCCAACGACUUGACGAACACAGUCUCCUGGUUUUGUUCUUCUCACAUCGAACGUGUUUAGCGAUUGAUCGCAUAAAGCCGAAAUAGCCUACGGUAUGUUGCACGUCGUCAGGGGUCAGCUCAAAAACGCCCUAAAGACAACGGCUACCGUCGCCAGACGGACGAUCCAGUUUGAGGUUUCGAACGAGACACGAAACGUGCACCGAGGAAAUGUGACUGCUUGUCCAAGGAGGGGGUUGUCAAAAAUUGCUACUUCUUCUGUUAGUCCGAUAUCACUUUAUAGUUCAUCUUUUGUUCAAUGUCGCUAUUUUCAAACAAGUGCAUCCCAGUGGGAAGAGCACAUUUUAAAGACACCAGCUUUUGCUGAUUCAGUAUCUGAAGGUGACAUGAGAUGGGAAAAAAAUGUUGGUGACACGGUAGCUGUAGAUGAAGUGGUUUGUGAAAUUGAAACAGAUAAAACUUCAGUUCCUGUUCCUUCACCAGUCAAUGGAAUCAUUGAAAAACGACUUGUUGAUGAUGGUGCUACUGUCAAAGCUGGUCAAGAUUUAUGUACUAUUAAAAUCACUGAAGGAGGACCUGUGCCAACCAAAACAGCUCCUAAAGUUGAGGAAAGCCCUACAGCUCCAGAAUCGGUAACACCUGUACCUGUAGCAGCAGCUGCUCCUGUUCCCCUUACACCACCCCCUGUUCCAGCUACACCACCUCCUGUUCCAGCUACACCUCCUCCACAAUUAUCACAACCUCCACCACAAAAAGUUGCUGCACCACCAGCAGCUGUCUCUGGAUCUUUAAAACAUCAAAAUACUACAGUCAAAGUACCACCAACUGAUCCUACCAAAGAGAUAGCUGGAACCAGGACAGAAUAUCGUGUUAAAAUGAAUCGUAUGCGAUUACGAAUUGCCCAGCGUUUGAAGGACGCUCAAAAUACAAAUGCUAUGUUAACCACGUUUAAUGAGAUAGACAUGAGCUCGAUCAUGGAUUUCCGUAAGACUAACCUCGAAGCUUUUCAAAAGAAACACGGUUUAAAAUUAGGAUUUAUGUCGGCAUUUUUAAAAGCGUCUGCAUACGCCUUACAAGAUCAACCAGUUGUCAAUGCUGUAAUCGAAGGCAAUGAAAUCAUCUACAGAGAUUAUGUAGAUAUUUCUGUAGCCGUAGCAACACCUAAAGGUCUAUUAGUACCUGUCGUGCGCAACGUACAAGAUAUGAACUAUGCUGAUAUUGAAAAAUCAAUUGCUGCUCUUGGUGAAAAAGCAAAAAGAGGUGCCAUCGAUGUCGAAGACAUGGAUGGUGGAACUUUUACUGUCAGUAAUGGUGGAGUUUUUGGAUCUCUAAUGGGAACUCCAAUUAUAAACCCACCACAAUCAGCUAUUUUGGGAAUGCAUGGUAUUUUUGAAAGGCCUAUUGCACUUAAAGGACAGGUUGUCAUACGACCAAUGAUGUAUAUCGCGUUGACAUAUGAUCAUAGACUUGUUGAUGGGCGUGAAGCUGUACUUUUCCUACGCAAAAUUAAAGCUGCCAUUGAGGAUCCUAGAAUUAUUGUUGCAGGAUUAUAAAAAACGAUAAUGUUCAAACCCAACUAUACUUACUUAGAAAUAAUAAUAAUUUUAUAAAUCAUCAAAAAAUGUUUGUAAUUCAUUCAAACUAAAAUUGAAAACCCUUUUAAAUGAUUAAAAUUCAUUCUAACUAUAUUUGAAAACUCUUUUGGAUGAAUAAU